CCGGCCGGGCUCCGUGAGUCGGUCGCCGGUCGCCUCGCCCGCCGCCGUGCCGGGCCGCCCUGGCCGAGACCAUGUUUGACAAGACGCGGCUGCCGUUCGUGGCCCUCGAUAUGCUCUGCGUGUUGCUGGCUUGCAUACCCAUGGCUGGUCUAAAUUUGGGCCGCAUAUAUCCAUUUCAGAGGGGCUUUUUCUGUACAGACACCAGCAUCCAGUAUCCGUACAAAGACAGUACCAUCCCAACCACCUUGCUCUCCAUAGUGGGGCUUGGCUUACCCAUAUCCUCUAUAAUUAUUGGAGAAACCUUGUCUGUUUACUUUAACCUCUUGCACUCGAAUUCCUUUAUCAGAAAUAACUACAUAGCCACUAUUUACAAAGGCAUUGGAACAUUCUUAUUUGGUGCAGCUGCUAGUCAGUCCCUGACUGACAUUGCCAAGUAUUCAAUAGGCAGACUGCGGCCUCACUUCUUGGAUAUUUGUGACCCAGAUUGGUCAAAAAUCAACUGCACUGCUGGUUACAUUGAAAACUUCAUUUGUCAAGGGAAUGCACAAAAAGUUAAGGAGGCCAGAUUGUCCUUUUACUCAGGCCACUCCUCGUUCUCCAUGUACUGCAUGCUGUUCGUGGCAUUUUAUCUCCAAGCCAGGAUGAAGGCAGACUGGGCAAGACUCCUGCGCCCCACACUGCAAUUUGGCCUUGUUGCUUCAUCCAUUUAUGUGGGACUUUCUCGAGUUUCUGAUUACAAACACCAUUGGAGUGAUGUGUUGACUGGGCUCAUCCAAGGAGCUCUGGUUGCAGUAUUAGUUGUUGUAUAUGUAUCAGAUUUCUUCAAGGACAGAAAUUCUUUUAAAGAAAGGAAAGAGGAAGAUUCUCAUACAACUCUGCAUGAAACACCCACAACAGGAAAUCACUAUGGAAACAGACACCAACCUUGAAGGUGGCAAGAGUGCCGAGAUGAAGCUGGCUUGCUAAGAGAAAAUGAUUGCCACCAGAAGGAUGUGUUUUCUUCCCAGUGUACAAGCCUUAAGGAACUGCUGCUGCUAUACCUCUUGGAUGCCCACUUGACCUGUGUGUAUAUAGUUACAUUUAACACAACAGUUAUCUAAUAGCUCUAACUUCAUUUAAAGAAAAUCAAGCCUUUCACAAAGUGUCCCACCUAUACAUUUUUUAUUAAAAAAUGUAAUGCUCAUGUACAAAUGUGUAUGUAAUAAGCUUUCU